AAGAGAUAAGCAUGAUUUUAUUUUAUAGAUUAAUGCGGAGACACAUUUUCGACGAUACAUUACGCAAUUCCAAUCAAUAGUUUUCAGUGUUACUCGUAUUAUUAGUGUGGCACCAACAAUAUAUUUUACAGCAAUAUCCAGAUUAUAAUCCAUUAUGUCCAACCUAAUACCAGAGAGUAACCUCCAAACAUUAAAAUGUGCGCUUUGCAACAAUUAUUUAUCAGUACCACCAAUAAUGACCAUUAGCAGGGACGCUCAGAGGCAUAAAUGUGGACGUUGCCAAUUGAUUCCUUCCGAUAUGUCAGUCAGAAACACACUGUACGAAAAUCUUGCCCAGUUGUCGACGUUUCCAUGCACGUUCCCUGAUUGUGAAGAAACCCUCAAGUGGGGAGAAGUAGAGGCCCAUGAAAAAGUGUGUUUGUACAAAACUUUAAGAUGCCCUGUGUCAUGGAAAUGUAACGAUCAAGUUAGCAUAAAGGAUUUAACAAACCACUGCAUGAGGUAUCACGGAAAAAAUGUAUCCCAAAAUCAAAUAGUUGCUACUGUAGAAGAAACUACAGAGAAGAAUAAGAUAACCAUAAUGUUAUUAGUUCAUAAAGAGAAGCCGUUUUUGGUUUUCCGAAUUGUUACGUCUGACAAUAUUUGGAUCAAAGUUUUUUCGUUGACUCCAGUAGAAAAUUGCUAUUAUGAACUCUCCAUUAAUAGUGACGCCUCAACUUGUAGCUUAUUUUAUAAAAAUCCUGUCGAAGUUUAUAUAGAAAGCCGACAUUGCAAAAAAUGUACGAUGAACGAAUGUGACAAUAAACUUCACAAAAAGUAUAAGAAGAAGAUUGAUGAUGCUGCUGCAGACAAUGGUUUUCAUAAGGUUACCAAAGAAAUGGUUGCAGAACUAAACAUGAAAGAGAUUAGAUGUAGAAUUGUUGAUGAAGAGUAAGGAGAUGACAAUUAAAUGUCUACAAGUGGCGAAUGCUGCGUUUUGGGAAUGUGUAAUUUAUUUAUUGAAAUGAAUAAAACAAUUUAAGUUUUUAA